GCCGACACUGCCGUUAUGGUUUCGCCGUUCAUGUUCAGAAAAAACUAAGUCCGUAUUUUAUGUUCAUACAAUCAACUAAGUUGUUUUUUUGUUAAUAGUUUAAGUUAUACAAUAACAUUUUUUGGCAAUGAAUUUAUCUAAAGUAGUAAAUGAACUUCGACAAAACUUUAAAAAUGGAGUUAUGCAAGGUAUUGAAUCUCGACUGCACCAACUUCAACGCCUUAAUGACUUACUUGAUGAAAAUGAAGAGUUAAUAUUGGAGGCUUUGUAUAAAGAUCUUCACAAAUGUAAGCUGGAAUCCAAUGUUAUGGAAUUACUUCAAGUGCGAAAAGAAAUUGGACAUUGUUUUCAAAAUUUGGAUGAGUGGAUGAGCCCAACUAAAGUCUCACCUGAUUUACUCAAUGUUCUUAAUCAUUGUGAAAUUCGAGCUGAACCAAAAGGUGUUGUUUUAAUUAUCAGUCCAUGGAAUUACCCUGUGAAUUUGUUGCUAUCACCUUUGGCUGGGGCUUUAGCAGCAGGAAAUGUGGUUGUUUUAAAGCCAUCUGAAGUGGCUCCAAACGUUUGUAAGGUUUUCGAAUCCCUUAUUUCAAGGUAUUUGGAUGAAAAAUGUGUUCAGUUAGUUAGUGGUGGUGUUCUUGAAACUACAGCUCUUUUAAAGUUGCGAUUUGAUCAUAUUUUUUUUACUGGUGCUCCAUCUGUUGCCAAGAUUGUGAUGAGAGCUGCUAGCGAACACUUAACACCUGUAACCCUUGAGCUGGGAGGAAAAUGUCCUGCUAUUAUUGAUGAAACAUGUGAUUUUGACACAAUAUCAAAACGAAUAGUUUGGGGAAAGUUUUGCAAUUCUGGUCAGACAUGUCUUGCAGUUGAUUACAUUUUAUGUAUCAAAAAAUGUCAAGAUGCACUUGUCAAUUCACUGAAGAAAGCAAUAGUUAAGUUUUAUGGAGAAGAUCCAAAGGGAUCUAAGAGUUAUGGGAGAAUCAUUAAUGAAAGACACUUUGAGAGAGUUUGUAAUCUAAUCAACUCUUCAAAAGUUGUUUUUGGCGGCAAUUUUGAUAAAAGUAAUUUAUAUAUUUCACCAACAAUAUUAUCUAAUGUUACAGCAGAUGAUUCAAUAAUGAGUGAGGAAAUAUUUGGACCACUUCUUCCUAUUCUGUGUAUUGAUAAAAUAGAUGAAGCUAUAGAUUUUGUAAAUUCCAGAGAAAAACCGUUGGCACUGUAUGUCUUCUCGACUAAUUCGUCUAUUGUAGAGAAGAUUUUAAAACAAACAUCUUCUGGAGGUGUUUGUGUAAACGACGCUCUCGUACAUGGUGCUGUUCCCAACCUUCCUUUUGGGGGAAUUGGUCAAAGUGGUAUGGGAGCUUAUCAUGGAAAAGAAUCAUUUGACGUUUUUUCUCAUAAAAAGUCAUGCUUAUUGAAGAAUCAAAAGUUUGAAUUUAUGAACGAUAUUCGAUACCCGCCUUAUGACGAAAACUGGUUUGUUAUACGUUGGGUUCAGUCGUUGUUGAGACCAAGUUUAAAACGUCGAUUUCGUUUCAAUUUAUUUCAUGUCUCGCUUUUGGCACUUAUUGUUGCGUGUAUACUAAAAGCGCUUGCGAUGUUUUAAUCGUAAAAGAGUCGAAGUUCAUUAUUUGAUGCAAUGUACAUUAAAUUUUGAGGAUCUUAAGAAAGCUUGUAUUUAUUGUAAUUUUUUUGAAUAAGUGAUUAAUUUGC